AUGUAUAGAUCAUCAAAUUUUCAGCCAAAUAACACGCUUUCGAUAACUCCUCAAUGGAAUAAUCUUAUUUGCUACCUAUGCAAGCAGCCAGGACAUAUAAAGAGAAAUUGUCCUAAUAGUUUUAGCAUUCCAACCAUAAAUUCUAAGUUCAGACAGAUUAUAUUAAAAGUAAUACGAAAGUCAAUAGCAAAGAAGCUGAAAGACCCAAUUAUUGUGGAAGAAAAAAAUGAGGACAUUGAAUUAAACUAUGCAAGUAGAUCCAAAAAGAGAGUUACAGCAUUAUAUUAUGAUGCAUACAUCAAAAAUGUGAAAAUUCCGUUAAUAAUUGACUCCGGUUUUGCUAGAUGCAUAAUUUCCCUAAAGUUGCUUAAAGAUCUGGAUAUGGAGAUAACAGGAGCAUCUGAAACAAUAAUGACACAUGAUUCCUUUUGA